AUGAUGGUGAAUUCGGGUGGUGUGCUAGCUGUACUCGUAGCAACACCUGCUUGCAUGCCGAAUUUGCUUGGUUCAGACAGUUGUCCAGCCUCGAUGAUGGUAAAUUCGGGGGGAGUGCUAGCGGUGCUCGUAGCGACACCUGCCUGCAUGCCGAACUUGCUGGGUUCUGACAAUUGCUGGUUCAUUCUGCCCAUGAUUUGUGCAGUAAUGGCUGCUGCGCAUUUGCUCAUCGCUGGACGAUUUCCGAAAAGUCCCAAGGACUUGUACAUCAAGGAACGCAAUGAAAAAGAAGCGAGAGCUGCGCUGGACUUCUUCUAUGAGGAUCAUCAUGACAUCGGUGAGUCAAAAGUCAAUUCGCAUGCGGUGAAAAUCAUGCAUAUCUGGACUUUUCUUACUUUUUCGCAAAUUUUUUGAUA